AUGACGGAUUGUUUGCCCAUUGAUUUUUAUGGUUUAUUUCUUGAUGAAGAAAUUUUAAACUUUUUAAUAAUAGAAACAAACCGAUAUGCCKCGCAAUCUCUUCGUAAUCGUAAAUUGAAGGCAUAUUCUCGAUUAAAAAAAUGGAACCCGAUUGAUCGUACAGAAAUGAGGAAUUUUCUGGGCCUUGUUAUGUGGAUGGGAUUGGUAAAUAUGCCCAGUUUAGUUGAUUAUUGGCGGAAAGAUAUAUUGUAUGCGAAUAAAGUUACUGAAGUAAUGAGUAGAAAUAGAUUUGAGUUAAUUUUAAGUAUGUUUCAUUGCUCGAACAACGAAAAACCAGAACAUGGAAGGUUAGAUAAGAUACAAAAAUUGGUGGACUUWUUAGUAUUUAAUUUUCAAAAAUGGUAUAUACCUGAAGAGGUCUUAUGCAUCGAUGAAAGUGUUGUACCAUUUAUAGGAAGACUUAUUUUUCGACAAUAUUUAAAAAAUAAAACACAUCGUUAMGGCAUUAAAAUUUUUAAGCUUUGUGCAAAAGAUUUCUACACGUUACAGUACAAUAUUUAUGCGGGAAAAGAAGCGAUUCGUGAAACUAAUGUUUCACACAAAAUAGUUUUUUUUAAACCUUAUUUAAAUUUUGGAAGAUGUUUAUUCAUUGAUAAUUGGUAUUCUAGUGUAGAGUUGGCCGAAAAACUUAACUGUGAAAAUACUCAUGUGGUCGGAACUUUAAGAGCUAACCGACGUUGUAAUCCACGUGAUGUAAUAAGUAAAAAAUUAAAAAAGGAGAACUUUUCGCUCAGCAAAAAAUACGACGAAGAACUGGAGAAUAUAAUAAAAAAACCUCUUGCGGUGGAAGAUUAUAACGUUGGAAAAUCUUUUAUAGAUCGUUCAGACCAAAUGGCAUCUUAUUCAAGUCCCUUAAAAAGGUCAAUAAAAUGGUACAUAAAAGUAGCGUUUGAUAUACUUUUGUCAACUUCUGUUGUGAAUGCUCUUUCACUUUACAAAUCUGUUACUAUGAAGAACAUCACUAUUACAAGAUUUAAAGAAGAAAUUAUUAAACCACUUUUAUUCAAACCUACUGUACCAGCUCUACCAGUAACUCCUACCUCUCAUAAACUUAUAUCUUGUGGCAAUUUAAAAAAAAGGAUGUGUCAAAAAUGCUAUUCAAGGUUGUCAUCUGAAUUUGGAAGGAAAGUGGCACAAAAUAAAACAAGGAAAAUAUUAACACGCUGUGAAGGAUUCAAGUCUGAUACAGAAAAAAUUAGAGAUCUUAAAUUAGCAAUGCACAUAGCUACACAUUCUGCCAUUAGAACAAUCAAUCAUCUCGAUGAACUUUUAAAACAUUUGGGUGGACCAUUUAAUACACUUGAACUACAUCGAACUAAAUGUUCAAAAUUAAUUCUAAAUGUUAUUGCCCCAGCAUAUUUAAAAUAA